GAGUGAGAAGAGGAUAAGAAAGAUUAGUGUUGUGGUUUUGAAGCAACAAUUGAGGAAAACAGAUCAGAGAAUCUUCAACAGUAUCUAAAAAAAUCCAGAAUGCAGCCUUUCUCCUCAAGCAGCACUAUGGCGACAGACCCACCGACGUCUUUGCCACCAGAACGUGCUCCAUCACCAACACCCUGCAGGAACUUAACCUUCUCCAUCGCAAAAAUCAUGGAACCCGAUAAACGUCUCACCGAGAAUAGUCAUUCUCAACAACCUGCCGCAACAAUUCUACAACAACCACCAAACAUCUCCUCCCUAACUUAUUCUGUCCACCUGGAAUCAGCCUUCAAAAAAUACGUGCCGGCCCUGAGACACUCCCAGAACCUUCUUCAACAUUACCCUCUUCUCUACUAUCACCCAAGCCCUCUCUUAAGAGCUUUCCCCAACCCAGCUCCAUCCACACCAGCAACUCAAAAUUCGCCACCUCCUUCUCUUCAAGAAUCAUCGAGGCUUUCUGUCUCUUCGAGUUCAGCCGAGAGUCACAGGGGGAAGAAGAGUCCAACACCCAGAGAAGUGAACCCACCCAAACAGAAAACCUUCACAUGUCCCGAGUGUGGGAAAGUCUUCAAUGCUCACUACAACCUCACGAGACACAUGCCAGUUCACACCGGAGCAAGACCAUUCGUCUGCAAAAUUUGUGGAAAGGGAUUUCGCCAAGCAAGCACGCUCUGCAGGCACAAGAUCAUCCACACUGCCGAAAAACCACACAAGUGUCAAACCUGCGGAAAAGCCUUCAACAGAAGCUCCACCUUGAACACCCAUACCAGGAUUCACGCCAACUAUAAACCAUUUGUGUGUGAGUUUUGUGGGAAGGGAUUUCAUCAGAAGGGUAAUUACAAAAACCACAAGUUGACACACAGUGGGGAGAAAGCCUACAAGUGCAACAUUUGUAACAAAGCGUUUCAUCAGAUUUACAAUCUGACGUUCCACAUGCACACGCACAAUGACAAGAAGCCUUUCUCUUGCAAGAUUUGUGGAAAGGGUUUCUGCAGGAACUUUGAUCUUAAGAAGCAUAUGAGGAAACUUCAUGAUUCUGGGUCACCAGUUGUCGGAGGUUUGGGAACAUCUGCUCAGAGUCAUGGUCAGCAAGCUGGGUAUUCGAGUGUUCAUCAUGGUGGACAUCCUUUUGUUAACCCGUUUUUACUGCCUCCUCCAGGCUCUACGAAUUAUUUGAGCAAAAUGUUGUGA